GAAAAUGGUGAACAUCACCUCGGCCGCCGGCAUCAUUUGCCUGCUGGAUGAACCGGUCGCGGAGCUGAAGGUAUUUGCGCUGAACAAGCUCAAUGCUAUCGUGGGUGAAUUCUGGCCCGAAAUCUCGGAAGCGGCCGAAAAGAUUGAGAUGCUGCAUGAGGACAAAAGCUUCUCCCAUCACGAACUGGCGGCCCUGGUCGCCUCGAAGGUGUACUACCAUCUGGGCUCGUUUGAGGAUUCGCUAACGUACGCACUGGGUGCGGGCGAUCUGUUCGACGUAAAUGCACGCAACGAGUACGUGGACACGAUCAUCGCGAAAUGUAUCGAUCACUACACGCAGCUGCGAGUGGCACUGGUUGAGGCGGAAGAGAACAACCUGGUGGCGAAACCGAUUGAUGCACGUCUUGAGGCGAUCGUUAACCGUAUGAUUCAACGGUGCUUGGAAGAUGGUCAAUACAAGCAGGCGCUUGGUAUUGCCCUUGAAACCCGCCGUAUGGACAUCGUAGAAGCAUCAAUCAUGAAGGCGGAUGAUGUGCCCGGAAUGCUGGCGUAUGCGUUCCAAGUUACGAUGGGAUUUAUUCAGAACCGUGCAUUCCGAAAUACGGUUCUGCGCUGCUUGGUGGAGCUGUAUCGUAAUGCAGGCGUGCCGGACUACGUGAACAUGUGCCAGUGUUUGAUUUUCCUCGAAGACCCACUGGCUGUGGCAGAAGUGCUCGAUGGGCUGACAAAGGAAAGUGAAUCGUCGGUACUGAUGGCGUACCAGAUUGCUUUCGAUCUGUACGAAUCCGCCACCCAGCAGUAUCUCGGUCAGGUGUUGCAGGCACUGAAAGCAACUGCACCGAUUCCAUCCGCACUGAUCUCCAACUUUAAGCCCCAAGGCACGACGACCAGCGAUGCAACAACGGAAGCCGUCGAACCAAAGGCAGAACGCACCCUGGAAAGUUUGAACGAGGCGGAAAAAACGCACCAAAAGAAUAUUGAAAAGCUGGCCAGCAUAUUGUCGGGCGAGGUAACGAUUGAACUGCAGCUUCAGUUCCUGAUCCGUAGCAACCAUGCCGAUCUGCAAAUUUUGCGCGCGACGAAGGAAUCGGUCCGUCUGUCGAUCUGUCAUACAGCCACCGUCAUCGCGAACACGUUCAUGCACAGCGGCACUACCAGCGAUCAGUUCCUGCGCGACAAUCUCGAAUGGUUAGCAAGGGCAACGAACUGGGCAAAGCUUACUGCGACUGCAUCGCUCGGUGUAAUUCACCGCGGGCACGAAACCGAUUCGCUCGCACUAAUGCAAAGCUAUCUGCCGAAGGAGAGUGGUCCAAGCUCAGGCUACUCGGAAGGUGGCGGUUUGUAUGCGCUCGGUUUGAUCCAUGCCAACCACGGUGCAAACAUUAUCGACUAUCUGUUGCAGCAGCUGAAGGACGCUCAGAACGAGAACGUCCGUCACGGUGGAUGUCUUGGGCUGGGGUUGGCAGCGAUGGGAACGCAUAGGCAGGAUGUGUACGAGCAGCUGAAGUUUAACCUUUACCAGGACGAUGCGGUCACCGGCGAAGCGGCCGGUAUUGCGAUGGGAAUGCUUAUGCUCGGUUCGAAGCAUGCUCAAGCGAUUGAAGACAUGGUGUCGUAUGCGCAGGAAACACAGCACGAAAAGAUCUUGCGCGGUUUGGCGGUUGGCAUUUCACUCACGAUGUACGCCCGGCUGGAGGAAGCGGACGCGCUGGUAGCAUCGCUAUCGAACGAUAAGGAUCCGGUGUUGCGCCGUAGUGGCAUGUAUACGAUCGCGAUGGCUUACUGUGGAACGGGUAACAAUCAGGCGAUUCGCAAGCUGCUUCACGUCGCUGUUAGCGAUGUGAAUGAUGAUGUGCGUCGGGCUGCAGUUACUGCGAUCGGCUUUAUUCUAUUCCGUUCGCCGGAGCAAUGUCCGUCGGUAGUUUCGCUGUUGGCCGAAUCGUAUAAUCCGCACGUGCGCUAUGGUGCCGCAAUGGCGUUGGGAAUUGCGUGCGCUGGAACGGGUUCCCGUGAGGCGAUUGCACUGCUAGAACCGAUGGCCAAGUUUGAUCCGGUCAAUUUUGUACGUCAAGGUGCGUUGAUUGCAUCCGCCAUGAUCCUGAUCCAGCACACUGACCAGACGUGCCCGAAGGUAACCUUCUUCCGGCAGCUGUACACACAGGUCAUUACCAACAAGCACGAGGACGUGAUGGCCAAGUUUGGAGCGAUCCUAGCGCAGGGUAUUAUCGAUGCUGGUGGUCGCAACGUAACGGUAAGCUUGCAGUCUCGUACCGGACACACCAAUCUGCAGGCCGUUGUAGGAAUGCUGCUGUUCACGCAGUAUUGGUACUGGUUCCCGCUGUCGCACUGCUUGUCAUUGGCCUUCACGCCGACCUGUAUCAUCGCGCUAAACUCCGAUCUGAAGAUGCCGAAGAUUGACUUCAAAUCGGCCGCACGUCCCUCACUGUACGCGUAUCCAGCUCCGCUCGAGGAGAAGAAGCGCGAAGAGCGUGAAAAGGUCACUACGGCAGUGCUUUCGAUCGCGGCUCGUGCGAAGCGGCGCGAAGGGGACAAAAAGAAGGACGGUAAGGAUACCAAGGAUGCGGUGAAGGAAGCUACGGCGUCCGGAGAAACCAAGAUGGAGGUGGAUGAUGAUGCGACGGUUGGUAAAGAUGAUGCAGCUAAACCGAAGGAAGAGUCGAAACCAUCAGCUACCACUACGCCGGUGAAGGAUGAGACAAAGAAGAAGGAUAAAUCGGGUACAUCCGGAGUCGCUUCACCGGCUGCCACUACCGGGGACGAUACCGCCACUUCAACUGCUGCUGGCACGGAUAAGGCAACCGAUAAGACAGCCAGCAAAACGCCCAAGGAACCCGAGCCUAGCUUUGAAAUUUUGGCCAAUCCAGCCCGUGUUAUGCGUCAACAGUUGAAGGUGAUUAGCAUUGCGGAAGGAACGCCGUACACCCCACUGAAGGAUGUCACAAUCGGUGGAAUUAUUAUGAUGAACCAUACAGCCGUCGGUGACCAGGUGUUGGUUGAGCCUGUUGCCGCCUGUGGCCCGAAGAACGACGAUCUAAAGGAACCGGAAGCUCCGGAACCGUUCGAGUAUGUGGAGGAUGAUGCUUAAGCUAAAAAAUAAUCUUUUUUUCUUCGCUCCCCAUUUUGUGGACUGUAUAAGAAUUUGUGUAACGCUUUGAAACUUUAAUAAAGCACACUUUGCGUAACGUUCACUG